AUGUUUAUUAAUAUUCAAAUUUAUAUUUUAACGUUUAUUUUAUUAUUAUUAAUACCAAUUGAGUCUCGUUCAGUUUUUAAUGUUGGAAACAAUAACGACAACAACGAAAUAUUUAUCUCAAAUGAAUUACGUGAAGAUGAUAAAAAGGCUAUUCUAACAUUAACAGGAUAUCGACAUAGAUUUGAUCAUUCUCACAAUUUAAAAUUACUUAAAUUAUCAUCAGUGAAUUAUCGGGAUACUAAAGCUUUAUGUGAAUUUUGUGACCUAGUUGUUCCAAUAGCACGCAUAUUAAUUGAAUAUAAUGAAACUGCUCAUAUUGAAAAUGUUGUUAUUGGAAUUUGUAAAGACUUCAAAUUAUUUGAUCCAGAUGUUUGUGUUGGUGCCGUACAUGAAUAUAAGGACGCGGUUAUUGAAGUUAUUGCCACAAGUAAAUUGAACAAUAAACAAUUGUGUGGUAUUGCAUUUGAUUGUGAAAAACAAACAGAUAUUCCAGUUUUAAAUUGGAACGUUACUUUUCCAAAUGUGCCAAAACCGCCUAUAAAACCACCACAACCACCAUCGGCAAGUAGAAUAAAUAAAUCGUUAAUUUUCAAUCGUGUACAAGCUUCUGGUUCACCAAAAUUAAAUAUUCUUCAUUUAUCUGAUAUACAUAUUGAUUUCAAAUAUACACCUGGAUCGCUAGCGGACUGCCCACAGCCUCUUUGCUGUCGAUCUGGCACACCAGCUCCGUGCAAUUUGUUUCCGACGCCGAUAAUUAAAAGUGACAAUAUAUCAUGGUUAUACACAUCGUUAGCUGAUAGUUGGAUCAAACUUGGUCUACCAGAAGAAACACGUUCAAGUAUAGUAAACGGUGCAUUUUAUACAACAAUUGUACGUCCUGGUUUACGAUUGAUAUCAAUGAAUAUGAAUUAUUGUACAUCAGACAACUAUUGGCUCUUUAUUAAUUCGACGGAUCCCCUAUCCCAGUUGCAAUGGGUUGGUUGA